AUGAUAAGAUCUAUUCGUCCUCAUGAUGAAAAGCGACAAAAGAAAUUACAACAAUUACUUGUUACUUGGCUCAUAGCAGAUUCAUGUUCUUUAAUUAUUGUUCAAAAUGGAAAACGAUUACGAGAAAUCAACUUAACAAAUUCAGAAUGGGAAUUAAUUAAAGAACUUUUACAAGUUCUUGGACUAUUCGAAGAA